AUGCAGCGGAUAUCGCGCACCACCGUGUCUGGAAGAUCGAGUCCAGUUCCUGGGGACGUUACAAGGUUCGACCUCGGUAUGCUGGCGAGCUGCCGCGUCGAUUUCAAGUGA